AUGGUACAAAUUUUGAAAGUCCUGCUGUGGAAAACAUACUUUGUGAGGAAAAGGCGAUGGAUUGUGACUUUAUGUGAAUUGUUUAUACCAAUUAUUCUGUUUUGGUUCCUGGUUUAUUCCACUAAAACCUCGACCAUGCAAGAAGAGAAAAUCAUAUAUGAUGCAAACCCUUACAAGUACACUAAUAUAGUUAGCACUCAAUCUUAUAAACUAGCAUAUACUCCUCCUAACAAUGCUACACACCAAAUAAUAGGUGCAGUCUUAGCUAAACUUAAAAGUCAUGAUAUUCAAGUGACGUUGAUGCCCCAAGAAACUGAGGAUGGAUUGGUCCACUGGCUCAGACAUGAAUAUUUAUCAGAAAGCAACAACUGGUCUAAUCCCUAUAGCUAUACUAACCACUCGGCUGGAAUUGGCGUAAUCUUCUCCACUCUCAAUGUCUCCAGUCUCAAGUACACACUCAGAACUACAAAAGCAAGCAUGCUGACUGAGGAUAAAACUUUGCAAGGGGUACAAACAGGAAACAGCUUUUCCAUCUAUCAUUUUUCUGGAUUUUUGACGAUUCAAGCAGCCAUAGAUCAAGCUUAUCUCUUCAGCUACCACAAUGUGAAUAUACCGGACAAUAUUAUUGUUUGUUACCUUCCUUACGUUGAUUUCACUUCCAUCGAUAUGUUGACAACUCUGUUCCCCUUGGUGACAUCUCUUGCCUUCAUUUUCAUGAUGCCAUCAUUGCUCACAUGUAUCGUAGAAGAGAAAUCGUCAGGUAUAAAGGAGAUGAUGAAGAUAAUGGGUCUGAAACCUUGGGUUAACUGGCUCAACUGGUUGAUCUACAGUCUUGCGAUGGCCAUCCCUGUGUCUCUGAUAGUGACAGCGAUCCUGACCACUGAUACUGGAGCCGGGAGUCCAGUCGAUGUUGACUACUUCACCCUUUGGAUUUUGUUCCUGUUGUUUAUUCUUGCUUAUACAUCACUUAUUUUUUGCAUCAGCACGUUUUUUACUAAUGGUACGAUCGCCAUAAUUAUUGGGGUAAUAUUAUGGUACAUAGGCACCAUAUAUCUGAAUAUCAUAUUCGUCACCUCUCCAAGCAAACAUGGUUUAUUUUUAAAUACGCUUUCCUGCCUGUGGCCUUCCAUUGCCCUACAGUGGAGUAUUGAUGUAAUCAAUGAUUUCCAUAAGAGCGGACACAAGUGGACGAUGAGCAGCCUCUUUGAUAGUGGUACCAGAGGUGACAGAGUGUCUGUAGGUCUGGCAUCUACAAUGUUGGUUGUGGACGUGAUCUUAUAUAAUUUAAUUACUUGGUACAUGGAAAACAUCAAUCCUGGGCCAUAUGGUCAGACUAAGCCACCAGGCUUCAUAUUUCAGUGUUUUUCAACAAAGAACAGAUAUGAAUCUAAAUCCAUUUACAAGCAAAUAAGAUUCCAUGAAAAUUAUGAGAAACCUCCAAGUGAUACCAAGGUGGGAAUCCGCAUAGAGAACCUCAGAAAGACAUUCAACCAGGGAAAAGUAGUGGCAGUAGAGAAUGUUGACUUGGACGUCUACGAGGGUAAUAUAACUGCCUUACUGGGUCACAACGGAGCGGGCAAAACCACCACCAUGUCCAUUUUAGCAGGUUUAAUUUCUCCUACAGAAGGCAAAGUUAUAGUGGAAAACAAGAACGUUUCCUCUAAUCUUGGCUUAUGUACUCAACACAAUUUGCUUUUCUCAUAUUUCUCUGUGAUUGAACAUCUAAUUUUGUUUGGAAUGUUAAAAGGCCUUCCCAGGAAGAAAUCAGAAGAAGAAGGUUUACAGCUAUUAAAAAAUUUGAAUAUAGAAGACAAAAAAGACAUGUUGAUAUCAAAAUUAUCUGGAGGAAUGAAGAGAAAACUCUGCCUUUCCAUUGCACUCAUUGGUAAUCCUGAGGUCUUGCUACUUGACGAGCCCACCUCCGGUCUGGACCCAGAAUCCAGACGACAGGUUUGGGAUCUAUUGUUGGGUUUCAGAGGUCACAGGACUAUAAUAAUCACAACCCACUUCAUGGAAGAAGCAGAUGUGUUGGGAGACAGGAUAGCCAUCAUGGACCAUGGUCAAGUCAGGUGCUAUGGCACCUCUAUGUUCCUCAAGAAAUUGUACAAUACAGGAUAUCACCUGAGUAUAUUCAAGAUGGAGAGGGCUCCUGUUCCUCCAAUCACAUCUAUUGUGGAACAACAUGUGAACACAUCAGAGGUGAGGGUGGUGUCACAAGAACAGCUGGUCUACGUGAUCAACUUGGAUGAGUCAAAGCAAUUUCCGGUUCUAUUCGCUGCCUUGGACAGCGGCGCUGUAGGUCUUGGUUUGACUGGAAUGAGCAUCAGCUGUUCUACGUUAGAGGAUGUAUUUCUCAAGGUGGCUGAAUCUCCUGACAGAAAUGCUCUGGAAAAUGAAGUCUUGGAUAAUGAAAUGUUCGUUGGGCAACACAAGAGAGUGACUGGUUCAGAGCUAAUUUUCCAGCAGAUGAGAGCUCUACUUAUUAAAAGGUUUUUGACAAGUAAAAGAACCAGUAGGAACAAACUUAUUUUUAUGAUCAUACCAACAUUGAUGAUGGCCAUUUCAAUAUACGCAUUGAUGCUCCAGUUGAUCACAGCUGAUCAGCCUGACCUGUUGAUAAGUCUGGGCAAAUUCCCAGGUGUCCGAGUGGCAGUUUCAUCUGAUAAUCAGAUAAUCUCCAACAUUUCAAAGGCUUUAAUCACCUCUGGGAGUGCCACAUAUGAACCAGUACCCACAGGAACGGACUUUAAUAAUUAUAUGAGAAGUUUAAUUAACAACAGUUUGGUCCAGUACGAGCGACAAAUGAUUGCAGGAUUCAAGUAUAACAGUAGCCACUUCCUGGGAGAGUUCAGUUGGUACUUCACUCAUUCACCUCCCAUUGUCCUGAAUCUGGUUGCAAAUAUUCUCCUGAAACAGAAGAGUGAAACAUCUAGCAUUACAGUCUCCAACCAUCCUAUAACACUUGAGACUGAAGAAGACCUAUGUGACUUAUCCAUGGAAGCUGAGGAGUAUAUAAUUAACAUCCCACCAUAUGUGUCAUUUUUGUCUCUGGGUCUUCUCGUAUUGAUCAUAAGUUUCAUCCAUUCCCCACUGGAAGAGAGGGUUACAAGGGCAAAGCAACUGCAGCUAAUGUCGGGGGUAUCUCCCCUCCUCUAUUGGUUGUCUUACUUCCUUUUUGAUAUAGCCAUGUACCUCAUCACUGUCACGCUCAUGAUCGGCGCUGUGUAUCUCUUCCAAAAGCACAAUAUCUACUCUGCUUCUGGCAACAUAUCUACACUGGUGUUGGUCCUGGUAUUACUUGGAAUAAGCGGAACUGGAUAUGCAUACUUCUUCAGUUUUCUUUUCGAGUCUUCUACUAAAGCCGCAGUAUACUUCAUUUUUAUUAACUUGUUCACAGGAGUUAUUGCGUCAGUAAUUAUGACAUUAACAAGCCGUUUGUAUUCGAGCUACGAUAUAAUAACAUUCUUGCUCAACUUUAACCCUAUAUUUGCUGCAGUUUCUGCCCUAAUCUAUUUGUUUUCCCUCAUUUACAUUAAUGGAACUUGCUUACGGUGUGGGAAAGAUUGCCAAACUCAGGAUGCUCUUCAAUUUCUUGAGUCAGGUCGUGGUGCAAAACACCCAAAUGGCAUCUUAAACUUUCUCAUAUUCCUAAUUCUUGACACUGUUCUUUACUUUGGAUUAGUAUUUCUUAUUGAAUAUGGAAUUUUCAAGAACCUAUGGUUCUUAUUGACGAUGAAUUGGAAUAAAAUGGACACAAAAUUGGAUGUAGAUGCAGAUGUUUUGAUAGAAAAACAGAAAGUGGUGUCAAUCCAAAAUGUUCCAGAUUAUUUUCAUAAUGGGACAGUCCUUCUUGUGAACGACCUUGGGAAGAAGUACAACAGCAAGACAACAGCUGUGUACAGCGUCUCAUUCCAAGUGGGGAGGGGAGAGUGUUUCGGUCUGCUGGGAGUUAACGGUGCCGGCAAGACAACCACUUUCAAGAUGUUGACUGGAGAGUUGGUUCCUAAUAAGGGAGAUGCAAGAAUCUUGCAGUUCAUCCUAAAGAAGGAAAAAUCUAAGUUUCUAUCACAAAUCGGCUACUGCCCUCAGUUUGAUGCCAUCAACAAACUGUUGACAGGCAAGGAGAUGCUCCGAAUGUAUGCUCUGCUGCGAGGUAUUCCUUCUGCUCUCUGUGACUCUGAUGUCUGUAGAUGGACUGAUAUAAUGGGUCUGAAGGAGUAUGCUGACCGGCCGUGUGGCACAUACAGGGGGGGCAACAAACGCAAGCUGAGCACUGCAAUAGCUUUCAUAGGAGAGCCUCCAGUAGUGUUCCUGGAUGAACCCACUUCUGGAGUAGAUCCUGUGUCCAGGCGUAAACUGUGGGACGUUGUAUCCAAGUGUCAACAAGCUGGACAGGCCAUAGUCCUCACUUCUCACAGCAUGGAGGAGUGUGAGGCAUUAUGCUCUCGACUGACCAUCAUGGUGGCUGGUCAGAUGAAGUGUAUCGGCAGUACAGAGUAUCUGAAGUACAAGUUUGGACAAGGUUUCACUGUUAAAAUCAAGCUGAAUGCUCUACACCAGCAGACCCAUGCUGUAGAGGCAGUCAAACAAGAUAUGAUGUCACAGUUCAGAUACUGCUCCAUCAAAGAUGAACACUCGUGCUUGCUGCAUUACCAUGUGCCGGAUCCAACCAUCCGUCUAGCCGUUCUGUUUACAAAACUGGAGCACCUGAAGGAAAGACAUAGCAUCAUUGAAGACUACAACAUUAGUGACACCACUCUUGAAGAAGUCUUCAUGCAUUUUGCUCGAGGAGAGAAGACAAAGCAACUUCUGUAGUAAUCAAAAUUGUAGUAUACUUGUAAUUGUACUUGAAAAUAUAAUAUAUUUGCACACAAUGUA